AUGCUGUCGGAUGCAGCACACAUGCUUGAAUCGUCCCGGGCGAUUUCUUCCGGUCGUUUCGGUGGGAGUAGCUCCAUGCCCGGAAUGGACAGUGAAGGACCAUCAUCAUCUCAAGCAACCAAUGGUGGUGGUGGUGCCCCCAUUUUUGGUAAUGGGACCACUGAAUCGAUCCCUGAAGAGCCAAUGGUGGUGGGGAAAAGAAAACUGAUCAGAGUUCCCAAGGUUGUUGAUGUUACGGGGGAGAAGGUUCAAGAAGGGUUUGAAGUAUUCUUGGAACUGGAAUUUGCUAUUGAAGGACAAUUGGCACCUUUAUACAUCCAGCAGAUUGAAGCCAUGGAUAAAUUGGAACAAAGUACAAUUUAUGUGAAUUUUCAAGAUUUACUUUCCGUUGAAGGAGGUGUGUUGGCCACAGCUAUUUUGGAGCAAUAUUAUCGGUUUCUGCCUUUCCUUGUUAAAGGGUUGAAAAGAGUUAUUAGGAAACAUUAUCCCAAAUUACUUAGAACAAAUGUUCUUGAUAAUAAUAAUGAAUCUGAGGAUAAUGGUAAUUCUGAUACGGCCACUUCGCUUGAGAAUCCUUUGGAUAGCGAAAGAAUCUUUCAAAUUGCAUUCUAUAAUUUGCCUAUAACUCUGAGAAUUAGAGAUUUGCGUACAGAGAACAUUGGAACACUUAUGGGUAUUCUGGGGACUGUCACUAGAACUUCUGAGGUUAGACCAGAAUUAUUCAAGGCAACGUUCACUUGUGAUAUGUGUGCAGCUAUAAUUCAAGGUGUAGAUCAAGUCUUCAAGUACACUGAACCAACUGCAUGUCCUUCAUGUGAAAACCAAUCAUACUUUACCUUGAAUGUUGCUAAAUCUCAAUUCAUAGAUUGGCAAAGAGUAAGAAUCCAAGAGAACCCCAAUGAAAUCCCUACUGGUUCAAUGCCUAGAACGUUGGAUGUGAUCUUGAGAGGUGAAACGGUGGAAAGAGCAAAACCAGGUGAUAGAUGUAAGUUCACCGGUACUGAAAUCGUUAUACCCGAUGUGGCCCAAUUGGGGUUGCCCGGAGUUAAGCCCCAAUCGGUCAAAGAGAAUAAGCAAUCAAUGGGUGAGUUAAAUAGUGGUGUCACAGGUUUAAAAGCUUUGGGAGUAAGAGAUCUAUCUUAUAAGAUUGCCUUCUAUGCUACUCAUGUUUCUUCAAUGGUUACUAGAAAUAAUACAGAACUGGAUGAUAGUAAUAAUAGUGCCAUAAAUGCAGCUCUCCUUGAUAGAAAUGAAGAUAAUGGAGAAGAUGAACAAGAAUUAUUUAUUAGUACCCUUUCUGAUCCAGAAAUUGACCAAUUAAAAUUAAUGGUUCGUGAUAAUCAUAUUUAUAAUCGUUUAGUUCAAUCCAUUGCUCCUGCUGUUUAUGGUCAUGAUGUGGUAAAGAAGGGAAUUCUUUUACAAUUACUUGGAGGUGUUCAUAAGAAAACCUUUGAUGGUAUUAAUUUACGUGGUGAUAUUAAUAUUUGUAUUGUGGGAGAUCCUUCUACUUCCAAGUCUCAAUUCCUUAAAUAUGUUUGUCAAUUGGCACCCAGAGCUGUAUAUACCAGUGGUAAAGCAAGUUCUGCUGCUGGGUUAACUGCAGCUGUAGUUAGAGAUGAAGAAAGUGGUGAAUAUACUAUUGAAGCUGGGGCUUUAAUGUUAGCUGAUAAUGGGAUUUGUUGUAUUGAUGAAUUUGAUAAAAUGGAUCCUCUGGACCAGGUUGCUAUUCAUGAAGCCAUGGAACAACAAACCAUUUCAAUUGCUAAAGCAGGUAUUCAUGCUACUUUAAAUGCCAGAACCAGUAUUUUGGCAGCUGCUAAUCCUAUUGGAGGUCGAUAUAAUCGGAAGGUUGGUUUAAGAGCCAAUUUAAACAUGACAGCACCCAUUAUGUCACGUUUUGACUUAUUUUUUGUUAUUUUGGAUGAUUGUAACGAAAGGAUUGAUACUCAAUUAGCCAGUCAUAUUGUUGAUUUGCAUAUGCUUAGAGAUGAGGCCAUAAAUCCACCUUAUUCAGCUGAAGAAGUGAAUCGGUAUAUUCAAUAUGCUCGGUUGUUUAAGCCUAUUAUGAAGGCUGAAGCUCGGAAGUUUCUUAUUGAAAAGUAUCAAGAGUUGAGAGCUGAUGAUGCACAAGGAUUGGGUAGAAGUUCCUAUAGAAUUACCGUCAGACAAUUGGAAUCUAUGAUUCGGUUAUCUGAAGCCAUUGCUAGAGCCAAUUGCAGUGAAUUCAUUGAAAGAGAGUUUGUCAAUGAAGCAUAUGAUUUAUUAAGACAAUCUAUUAUUAGGGUUGAAAUGGAAGACAUUGAAAUAGAUGAAGAAGAAGAGACUAGCGUACAAGCCCUUAACAUUGAGACCAGUACCGACAAUAAUGAUAAUAAUAAUAAUAUUGAACAAGAAACUACUGCUGUUGUUGAUCCACAAGAAAAUAAAGAGCCAGCAAUACGAAAACCCAAGGCAAGUAUUACCUACGACAAAUAUCUUUCCAUUAUGAAUUAUGUCGUCAAGUGUAUUACAGAUGAUGAUGUUCGUGGAGGAGAAGGUCUUACCGCACAAGAGAUAGUUGACUACUACUUGGCUCAGAAGGAAGAUGAGAUUGAAGGCGAGGCAGAAUAUUAUAACGAACGGAAGAUUGCCUUUAAAGUGUUGAAGAAAUUAGUGGCAGAUAGAAUACUUAUGAGCAUCACUAGUAGUUCAGAUGGAGGAUUACGAUCUGAAUCAAUGGAAGAUGGAGCUGAGUCACAAGUGAGAACUAUUUACAUUGUUCACCCCAACAAUGCCAUUUUAGAUUACUUUGAUCAGACAGGGGGUCAAGUAGAAGAUGAUGAGAGUUGA